AUGAAGGCCAGUGAAACAAAAGAUCAGAAAAGCUAUGCUCUAUCAACAGUUACUCCCAGAUAUGAUGAUGUCGAAGAUGGCCAGAUAAUCUCCACGCUUGACGAGGCAGAACUCUUUCUCCACGAGCAUGGCAUCACCCAUGCACAAAUGCAAGAGAUGCUGAGUGACGAGACAAAAUCCAAGAAGCUCCGACGACGGAUCGACUGUAUCCUUCUCCCGCUACUAUGUGGGACGUACAUUCUGCAGUAUAUUGAUAAACAGCAGGCGCUCUCAUACAGUGCGGUGUUCGAUCUCUUCGACAAUGCGAAUAUCACCAGUGACCAGUAUAGCUGGCUGACCAGUAUUUUCUACUUCGGUUACCUCUUCUGGGAGUACCCGGCUAGUUACAUCGCCCAGCGUUUGCCGGUUGGGACCGUUAUUUCUACAUUUGUUCUCUGCUGGGGCUCCAUCCUCAUGAUAACAGCCAGUUCCCACAACUUCACCGGACUAGGAAUUUGCCGUUUCCUGCUAGGCUGCUUCGAGGCCCCCAUCACGCCGUGCUUCAUGAUGAUCGUUGGCAUGUGGUAUCUACGACAAGAGCAGCCCUUCCGAGCAGGAUGCUUUUACUGCUGCAACGGCGUUGGUGCAAUGGUCGGAGGCUUGAUUACAUACGGCAUCGGCCAAAUCGAUAGCUUCCCCGUCUGGAAAGCUGUGUUUAUGAUCUGCGGUGGUGCGACGGUUAUCUGGGGUGGGGUGUUGAUGAUUUUUCUUCCGAAUAGCAUUCUCUCAUCGAAGGGGUUUACUGUUGAGGAGAAGGUUUUGCUUAUUGGGAGGGGAAAGCACAAUCAGACAGGUAUCCUAAACCGCUCUAUCAAAUGGCACCAAAUCCGCGAGGCACUUAUCGACCCGCAAGUUUGGAUCCUUUUCCUCUUCACCUUGCUGAAUGAGACCAUCAAUGGGGGUUUUGCCAACUUCGGAAAACUCAUCAUCAAAGGCCUCGUCGACAGCUCCCUUCUGACAACAACACUAGGCAUCCCCCAAGGAGCCUUCCAGGUAUUCUUCAUUCUCUCAGGCUCCUACCUCGCAACACGGUUCAAGAACAUCCGCACAAUCAUAAUGGCCAUCUAUCUCAUCCCCACCGUUCUCGGAAUAAGCCUUCUCUGGAAAUUUCCACGGGGUGAAAACCAAUACGGCGUGCUUUUCGGCUACUAUAUUACGGGAUCCUUCGUCUCCUCCCUCGUACUCGCCCUCCAGAUGCCCUCCAGCAACAUGGGAGGCUACACCAAGCGCGUUACCUCCACCGCGCUCGUCUUUCUGGCCUACUGUAUUGGGAACAUCAUCGGUCCGCACGCGUUUCUGUCAGACGAGGCUCCUGUGUAUCCGACGGCAUGUAAACUCGGUCUGGCUUGUGCGGUGACUCAAAUUGCUUGUGCCCUGGGGUUGAGGGUGUUGCUGGUUCGGAGGAAUCUGGUGAAGGAGAGGGGGAUGAGUGUUGAGGGGUUGGGGGAAGAGGUUUUGACUGAUUUGACUGAUUUUGAGAAUACGAGGUUUCGGUAUGUUUAUUGAGUUGGUUGGGCGCUAGAAUCUGUAUAGCUUGUUGUGUAUUUGGUUUGUGAGGGCUAAAGUAUUCUUCGGGUAUGGUAAAUAGGUAUGAUUAAUGACAGCUUCUUGUGUACGACAUGGUAGAAGGACUUGACUGUAAACAUUGCAUUCUAUAUUCGCCAGUCGUUCUCCCCCAAGCGAACCCUCUUUAUCUGAUUAUAGCGAUUGCCUAUCAAACAUUUUACUGUUGUUCCCUCGAGUGACAAUCAUCGACACAGUGUCUCUUCUUAGUCACGGUCAGAUCCCAUGUGCCGAUUCCAGAGCAGACUAAAUAUGCAUCCCUCGGACCCUGUAUAUGCAAAGCAUCUAGAUCCCUACUAUUCGGUGGCAUCGAACCUCACGUAGCGUGGUGUACAAGAUCAUCCACUGCGACAAUGCAAAUCUCUGCUCACAAAGCACACGUCUG